CCUCAGGUCACCUGAACAAAACACUAACCGGUCAUAUGACUGCUGUUCUGACAGUUUCAGCGCUUUUUAAUGUUAUCCCAUUGUGUAGCCCGAACAAACCUGCAGUCCGACAGCUCUAAAACACGACUGAAGUGUCCAGUAACAUGGCCAACACCGGCACACCCUCUCUGUUUUGUUUCUUACUAGUUGUCGUCGGUGUGUCGGUGCAGCAGGUGGAUGGAGUCUGGCCGCUGCCGCAGCAGCUCGAUCAGUCCUGGGACAGAUACAGUCUGAGUCCGCAGCUGUUCUCCUUCACUUAUGGACAGGAUUCGGCUGCACAGACUGGAUGCUCCGUCCUGGAUGCUGCUUUCAAAAGAUACUUCUCCAUCAUAUUCCCUGACUUCACCAAAGGAACAGAAAAUGUGCUUCAGUCCAUGUGGUCAGAGCCGCAGCCCUUUGUCGUAUCGGUGACUGUAAAAACCAGAGGAUGUGACGGCUACCCUAACGAAGAUUCAGAUGAGAGCUAUAACUUGAGUGUGUCAGAGGGCCAGGCUUUGCUGAGAUCAGUGUCUGUAUGGGGCGCUCUCAGAGGUCUGGAGUCCUUCAGUCAGCUUGUUUACCAGAAUGAUUAUGGCGCUUAUUUUAUCAACAAGACAGAAAUUGUAGACUUCCCACGUUUUGCAUUCAGAGGACUUUUACUGGACACUUCAAGGCAUUACUUACCCCUCCAUGAUAUUUUGAAGACCCUGGAUGCUAUGGCCUACAGUAAAUUUAAUGUCUUUCACUGGCACAUUGUGGAUGAUCCUUCCUUCCCGUAUCAGAGCCGCACUUUUCCUGACCUCAGUAAUAAGGGAGCUUUUCAUCCGUUUACUCACGUCUACACACAGUCAGACGUGAUGAGGGUGAUUGAACAUGCGAGAAUGAGAGGCAUUAGAGUCGUUCCUGAGUUUGAUUCUCCUGGACACACUCAGUCAUGGGGGAAAGGACAGCCAGGCCUCUUGACUCCCUGUUACAAGGGCAGUGUGCCGUCUGGUUCAUUCGGACCUGUGGAUCCAACGGUAGACACUACUUAUAAGUUCAUGGAAAGCCUCUUGAAAGAGGUGAAGUUUGUCUUUCCUGACUCUUAUGUUCAUUUAGGAGGGGAUGAGGUCAGUUUUGCCUGCUGGCAGUCGAAUCCCAAUGUGCAAACGUUUAUGGAAAAGAUGGGCUUUGGAAAGUCUUUUACCAAACUGGAAUCAUUCUAUAUGGAGAAUAUCAUGAACAUGACCGCCGCUCUCAACAAAACCUCCAUUGUUUGGCAGGAUGUGUUUGACUACCAUGAGCGGAUUCCACAGGACACGGUUCUGGAGAUCUGGAAGGGUAAAAAUUACAAGACUGAACUGAGCAGGAUGACCAGUGCCGGGCACAGGGUUCUGCUCUCUGCCCCCUGGUACAUCAACCACAUCAGCACCGGCCAGGACUGGCGUGACUCCUACGCUGUGCAGCCCCAGAAUUUCUCGGGGACGGAUGAGCAAAAGAAGCUGGUGAUUGGUGGAGAGGUCGCCAUGUGGGGUGAAUAUGUUGAUGCCACCAAUCUGACCCCACGCCUGUGGCCGAGAGCCUGUGCUGCAGCUGAGAGGUUGUGGAGCAAUGAAGAAAAAACCAUGAACGCGGAUGUGGCCUUCCCACGUCUGACAGAGUUUCGCUGUGAACUUCUGAGGCGGGGUAUUCAAGCGGAGCCUCUGUUUGUUGGUCAUUGUAAGCACGAGUACGAUGGCCUGUAAGUCCACUGAUCAGACACUAAAACUGAAGAGAGGUGUGUUUGUGCACUGCAACACUGCUUUGGAAUUUGCACAAUACUCGAUAUAUUUUUUUAUUCUGAAUUUUUUUUAAUGAUCAUGUAAACUGAGCUUUAAGCUUUACAAAAGAAAAUGUGAAAUUUAUGAAUAAAGAUCUAUUCAAGAAUGA